CAGAUAACUGACACCUGAUCUGUUUCAGUUUGGUCCGAACAAAAAUCAAAAAAUCUUAACCCCCCACCUUGACCAUAUCAUUCUCCUCUCAAUUCACCAUUGACGAUUAAAAAGAGCUAUGGCGGCACCGAUUGUUAACGCUGAGUACACGAAAGAGAUCAACAAGGCUCGCCGUGAUCUCCGCUCAAUCAUCUCGAGCAAGAACUGUGCUCCGAUCAUGCUUAGAUUAGCAUGGCACGAUGCUGGAACCUAUGAUGCACAGUCGAAGACAGGGGGACCUAAUGGGUCUAUAAGGAACGAAGAGGAGUACACUCACGGCGCCAAUAGUGGUUUAAAGAUCGCUCUUGAAAUCUGUGAGGGAGUGAAAGCUAAACAUCCUAAAAUCACCUAUGCGGAUCUGUACCAGCUUGCUGGUGUGGUAGCAGUGGAGGUUACUGGUGGACCUGACAUCAGUUUCCAACCUGGGAGAAAAGAUUCAAAUGUUUGCCCUAGGGAAGGAAGACUUCCUGAUGCUACAAAAAAUUUCCAACAUCUUAGAGAUGUCUUCUACCGCAUGGGAUUAUCUGAUAAGGAUAUUGUAGCACUCUCAGGGGGUCAUACUCUGGGAAGGGCUCAUCCAGAGAGGUCCGGCUUCGAUGGUCCGUGGACUCAAGAGCCUCUGAAGUUUGAUAACUCAUACUUCGUGGAACUGCUGAAAGGAGAAUCAGAGGGCUUGUUGAAACUUCCAUCUGACAAGACUUUGUUGGAAGACCCAGAGUUCCGUCGUUAUGUUGACCUUUAUGCUAAGGAUGAAGAUGCAUUCUUCAGAGACUACGCAGAAUCUCACAAGAAACUCUCUGAGCUCGGUUUCAACCCCAACGCCUCGGCGGCCAAAGCUUGUUCAGACAGCACUGUUCUGGCUCAGGGAGCUUUCGGUGUUGCUAUUGCGGCUGCGGUCGUUGCCUUAAGUUACUUUUACGAGAUCCGAAAGAAGAUGAAGUAAAAAGGAGUCAGAAGCAAAACAAUUAUCUUAUCUUUUGCAUUAAAGAAACUAUCGAUCAUCUAUAGAAUGUGUAAUGCAUGCUACAAAGAUGUUAAAACUCUUUAAUCCACGGUCAUACUAUGUUUUAGUAAGAAAAAGACAAAGUUAAUGGUUUUGGUU